AUGCAGUCCCUAGGAUCAUUGAACACGGAUGAAGCAUUGUACUGUAAAGAGUGCCUACGUGUGGAUCAAUCCAUCCAUGACGUUGAGACCUCAGAAUUGGAAUCCCGGUUCAAAGCUCUAUUCCUGUCACUGAAAGCUCAAUCAAGCUCGAUCAAGUCAAGCACGACAUGUCCAUCAUGCAGAGACAUCCUCAACUUGUACGAAAAGGAAGCAUCCGAACUGGACUGCUUCGAAACGAUCAAAUCCCGGUUGCAGACAUGCGAGCGCGGACAUAUAUUCUGCCAACAUGAUCCCGACAAACAAACGACUAUAUCACUUUAUCUUAUCGAUGUGGUUGAGGAAUGUAUCACAUUCAUGCCCCCACCGCAGUUGCGCUACGCAGCUCUCAGUUAUGUUUGGGGUAAUGUCAGCUCUACCAAAUUGACUUCUGGAAAUAUUGAGGCGCUCCAAAAACCGCGAAGCCUGUCGCAUCAAUCGCAUACUGUCACAAUUCCACUUACGAUCAGGAAUGCAAUGCGUCUGACUGCAGAUCUGGAUAUUCGUUACCUCUGGGUAGAUUGUCUUUGUAUCCUACAAGACGAUCCCCAAAUCAAUCUCUACCUGAAUCAGAUGCACACUAUCUACCAUAAUGCGCAUCUGACCAUUGUAGUAGCUAACAAGAACAACGCGGAUGGUGGUAUUACCGGCUACGAAACUAGUCCGUCUACCCGAACAUUGCCGGGGAAAGUGAUCCGCUACCCAAACUACGUGCUCGGCAGCAUGGCUCAUAGUACUCACGAAAAUGAAUUCCCAUGGUUUUCUCGUGGCUGGACACUACAAGAGGGGUUUUUCUCUCGACGAGCGCUAGUUAUCAGUGAUCGUAUAUCUCUAAAAUGCGCAGAAACGACUUUCGAAGAAGGCGCAAUUUUCACGACGACUCCGCGUACUGUUGAAGCACCAGAAAUGAUUGUUCAAGUCUUGAGUGAAGCGAACACACUUUUGCGAUCUUUCUGCGAAAGUUCAGUUUCUCCUCGUCUGUCAGAAACUGGGUCUGAGAAGCAGUCUCUUGACUUCGAUCGAUGGAAAAUAUACGCAAAGGUAGUGAAUGAGUUUGCACCUCGCGCACUUUCGAGGGAUACAGAUGUUAUCAGAGCGUAUUCAGGAGUCAUCAGUUACUUCACGAGACCGGAUAAAAGUUGGUAUGCGCUUAAUACAGAAUUGCUCUAUGGGCACCCAAUACAUGCCCUUACAACAUCACUCCUAUGGACAUCGCACAAACCCAAGUUACGGAGGAGAAAUCUGCCCCUACGUCAGGAUGGGUCACCUACAAUCCCGAGCUGGUCAUGGAUGGCUUGGCAACAUGGUGACAAGCCGGACUUGGAGAGGCAUUUCUCAUUGGAAGAAUGGACCAACUCUACAAAUCUCGACAUACCCACAGUGAUCCAAGCGCAGUGUAGUACUUGUCUACAGAUGCACGAGAUGACCAUGAAAAGAUGCAGUAACGGAGCAUCUCAGGAACGUGUCGACCCAGAUUGUCUACACCCAUACCUUUAUAUCAAAGCACAGAGAGGGCGAUUUAGAGUAUCACGGCAUACAAAGAAACACGAGGAACGGGGGCACUGGCUUGUGUGCUUGAGCCGUUUGGAAAAGAAAGAAAACAAUUAUGUAGGCACGAUGACUUUUGACCUUGACCCUCCAAAGUGGUCGUUGGAUAUACUUGGUCCUUUGUAUUUCAUUGGUAUCUGUUGUAAUGGGUACCGCGGCUCAUCAUCCCAAGUGAAGGCACUUUGUAUCAAACCAGUAGGUAAUCGCCCAUUUGUAUUUGAGAGGCUCGGUGUCGCUAAGAUACGCAAAGAAGAGUGGGACUCUAUUGCUUGGUACGACGAGAACAUAAUACUAGGCUAG